AACAGUAUAAUGGUUCUGUGCGUUCCAGGCACCCACCACCCUCUGUGUAAAAAAAACCUGUUCCGCACAUCUCCUCUUGGCUGAAAGCUAUGGCCUCUUGUGAUUGACAUUUCCACUGGGCCUGUCUCUGUGCUGAAUCUGUAAAACUAAAGUAAACUAAAGAAGGGUUUUGGCCUGAAACGUUGCCUAUUUCCUUCGCUCCGUAGAUGCUGCUGCACCCGCUGAGUUUCUCCAACUUUUUUGUGUACCUUAAACUAAACUAAACUAAACACUGCCCCCCAGAGGAAAGCAAACGCAUUGAUAACCGAUGACAUACUCAAUGACAUCACAAACAUGAUUAGUUAAUGGCUGGUAAAGCCUUAAUCCUCCAGAAUUCACUCAACUCCCAAGGAAAUUAAAAUUCAACCAAACAGCAAUGUACAUUAAAGCUAGGUAUAAGAAGAUCUCAGUCACCCCUUGUUCAUGCAAUAGAUGUGACGCCUUCAGUAGAGUCUCAGGAAGAAGCAGCAAGGACUGGCAGCAAUAACUAAGGUGUCAGAUGGAUGAUGACUCCCAGAGUAGUUCUGUCUUCCCUUUGGCCCUGGUGGUCCUCGACCUUGCCCCCAAGGUCCAGCAGGAGACGGUGGACUGGCUGAUGGGCCGGAUCGAAGCCGCGAGGUCCUCGGACGGGGCGGAGCUGAAGGUGAAGGUGGUGGAGCGCUCGGAGGCCAAGGGGACGGUGCUGCUGGUGGGGGCCACGCUGGAGAGGCUGCUGCGGGGGGCCGAGGAGGCGGCCCUGGUCAAGGUCUACCAGGACGGCAACUUCCGGCCCUUCAGCUUCGCCGACCGCGCCAGCUUCCGCGAGACGGAGACCGAGCUCCUGACCACGGCCGAGAUGCUGUACAUCAUCAAGUUCCAGCUGGACAACCUCAAGGCUAAAGACGAGGAGCACAUCCCCGGAGAGCCAACGUCCAAGCUUCAGCCUGGCAAACCCAUCUUUGAGGUUCUGUGGAAGAGCAAACUGCUGACCAAACUCUACCCAAUGCACAACCGGGAGGAACUGGAGAAGCUUAAAGCCUUGUGGAGGAAUCGUAGCUACCUCAUUGACCAGCCUGUGCAGGCCUUGAGAAGCUACUUUGGUGAGUCUGUGGCCCUGUACUUUAACUUCCUGGGUUAUUUCACCUGGGGCCUGGCCUUCCGCACACUCCUUGAGCUCUUCUUCUACGUCACCAAGCUGAAGGACCGCGGCGGGUGCAUUGUGUGCGCCCUCUACAACAUGCUGUGGUCCACGGUCUUCCUCGAGGGCUGGAAGCGCCGCAGCUCGGAGCUGGCCUUCAAAUGGGGGACCCUGCGUCAGAUGGAGAGCUUCGACAAGGUGCGAGCCGGCUACAUGGACAAGCUGGGCGCCGACCUGAUCCCGGAGACGGCCAUGCUGGACCGCCAACGGAGCAUCAAGAUGGCGUUCCGAUCCGUCCCGUUCCUGGUGGGAAGCCUCGUCAUCAGCGUGGGGCUCAUCGUGAUGUUCAUCAAGGCGGACAAGAUGGCCCGGGAAAUGGAUACCAAGGAAGAGUCGGUGCGGAGUUUGUUGAUGACGUACAUGCCCAUCUUGGUCUACAGUGUCACAGUGGAGGUCCUCAACAGGGUGUAUCUCGCCAUGGCCAAGGUGGUGACGGAGAUGGAGAACCAUCGCCUGGUGUCCACCCACGAGAACCACCUGAUCGCCAAAGUCCUCAUCUUCUACCUCAUCAACAACUUUGGCAUGCAUUACUACGUGGCCUUUUACCUGAAGGACCUCAAGUUGCUGGCCGAUAUCCUCUCCGCCCAGCUGCUCGUCCACCAGGUGGUGGGACAGUUCUUUGACACCGUGCUCCCGUACUCCAUGACCAGCAUCAGGCUCCGGCGCUUAAACAAGGCCCAGCCUGACGCCAAUGCCGGCCUGCACCUGAUCGAGGCCGAGGGCAACAUGAGGGACAACAAAGGCAGCCUGCUGGAGGACUACCUGGAGCUCUUCAUCAAGUUUGGCUUUGUCUCCCUCUUCUCCAGCGUCUACCCGCUGGCCGGCUCCUUCAGCUUCCUCAACAACCUCCUGGGCAUCAAGUUGGAAAGCAUGAAGUUCAGCCAGGUGUUGCAGCGGCAGUUCCCGGUCCCCUCGUCGAACAUCAGCGCCUGGCGCUUGGCCUUCGAGUACCUCACCACCCUGGCCAUCAUCACCAACUGCGGACUGAUCAGCAUGUCGCCCGAGUUCAGGAACCUCUUCUCGGAACUCCCCGACCUCCACUAUUUCCUCCUGGCUGUGGCGUUGGAGCACGGGUUCUUCGGCAUGCAGCGGGUGUUGCGUUUGGCCGUCCCGGAGAUACCCGCCGACAUGGAGGUCAAGCUGAACAAGAUAGAGCUAGAGUGCAGAAGAGCUAUGUUCUAUAAUGAAUCGUGUCGAUGAGGGUCCUUCAGAAGUAUCUAACGACUCUCAGAAUCAUUAAAGCAGUUCU